GCAGUUCCGGCUGCUGCUGAGGACGUGGCUUUUGGCUCAGCGGCCUCUUCCUGUUCCGCGGCGGGCUGAGGCCUGCUACGGGUCGUCUUUUACCUGUUCGCUCACCUGGCCCUCGGUCCGGAGAGGAUGAGGAGGCCCCGCGGCGGCGGAGGUGGCGGCGGCGGCGGCUGAAGAGGCCGGGCGUGAAAGCCGGCAAUGGAAGAAAAGUUCAGCGGGAGCAGCAGCGAGGCCCUGGCCAGAGGCGGGCGGCUGGGGCCUGUGGAUGUGCCCAGCGCCCGCCUGACUAAAUAUAUAGUGUUGCUAUGUUUAACUAAAUUUUUGAAGGCUCUAGGAUUGUUUGAAUCCUAUGAUCUCUUGAAAGUAGUUCACCUUGUACAAUUUAUCUUCAUUGUAAAACUUGGAUCUGCAUUUUUUACGAUUUUGAUUCAAAAACCAUUUUCUUCUGGAAAACCAGUAACUAAGCAUCAGUGGAUCAAAAUAAUUAAGCAUGCUGUUAUUGGCUGUAUAAUAUCAUUCUUGUGGUUUUUUGGCCUUACUCUGUGUGGACCACUAAGAACUGUGUUGAUUUUUGAACAUAGUGAUAUUGUUGUCAUUUCAUUGCUCAGUGUCCUGUUCACAAGUUCCAAAGGAGGACCAGCAAAGACUAGAGGUGUGGCAUUUUUUAUAAUUGCUGUGAUCUGUCUGCUGCUUUUUGACAAUGAUGAUCUCAUGGCUAAAAUUGCAGAACACCCUGAAGGACAUCAUGACAGUGCUCUAACCCAUAUGCUUUAUACAGUCAUCACUUUCUUAGGAGUUGCAGAUCAUAAGGGUGGAGUAAUCUUGCUUGUAUUAGCAUUGUGUUGUAAAGUUGGAUUUCACACAGCUUCCCGAAAACUCUCAGUAGAUGUUGGUGGAGCCAAACGCCUUCAAUCAUUAUCACAUCUUGUUUCAGUUUUCCUUCUGUGUCCUUGGGUGAUUGUUUUGUCUCUGACAACAGAGGUAAUUAGCAUCACUGCUUUUACAUUUAUAGAAUUAUUUUAUGGUGUAUGGACCAAUAGUCUAGGAUUAAUUUCGGAUGGAUUUCACAUGCUUUUUGACUGUUCAGCUUUAGUUAUGGGUCUCUUUGCAGCACUGAUGACUAGAUGGAAAGCAACCCGUAUAUUCUCCUAUGGGUUUGGCCGUGUGGAAAUUCUCUCAGGUUUUAUUAACGGCCUUUUUCUCAUGGUAAUAGCUUUCUUUGUCUUCACUGAGUCCGUGACCAGACUGGUUGAUCCUCCAGAUAUAGAUACAAAUAUGCUGACUCCUGUUUCAGUUGGAGGACUGAUAGUAAACCUUGUUGGUAUCUGUGCCUUUAGCCACGCCCAUUCCCAUGGGCCUUCUCGAGGAGGAUGCCAUGAGCACAGUCAUUCCCAUCACAGCCAUGGCCAUGGCCAUGGCCAUUCCCACAAUGACCAUGGGCACACUCAUAAUCAUGGACAUGGGCAUGGAUCCUUAGGAGGCAGUAUGAAUACCAAUAUGAGGGGAGUGUUUCUACAUGUCUUGGCAGAUACCCUUGGCAGUGUUGGUGUUAUCAUAUCAACAAUUCUCAUUCAACAGUUUGGAUGGUUGAUAGCUGAUCCACUCUGUUCUCUAUUUAUUGCUACGCUGAUUUUUCUCAGUGUUAUCCCUCUAAUAAAAGAUGCUUGCCAAGUACUCUUGUUGAGACUGCCUCCAGAACAUGAGAAAGAUCUGCACAUGGCUUUAGAAAAGAUCCAGAACAUAGAUGGUGUCAUCUCCUACAGAGAUCCUCACUUCUGGUGUCACUCUGCUAAUGUGGUGGCAGGCACAAUACAUGUACAAGUAAUGUCAGAAGUAAUGGAACAGAGAAUAAUACAGCAGGUAUCAGCUGUUCUCAAGGAUUCUGGUGUUAACAAUUUGACUAUCCAGGUGGAAAAAGAAGCUUAUUUUCAGCAUAUGUCUGGCCUCAGUACGGGGUUCCAUGAUGUCCUUGCAAUGACAAAACAAAUGGAAUCCAUGAAGUACUACAAAGAUGGUACUUACAUCAUGUAAUUUGGAGUUCAUCUUCAUUAUUUCAUCAAGAGAAUUUGCACAUAAAUGUACAGAUAUAUAUGGAUGGAUUUAUAAUACACACACACACACACACACACACACAUAUGGAUUUUUAGACAAACCGUUACAUACCUUUAAAACCAGAUCAAGAGGUUUAUAAAAAUGUGGGACACCUAGGACAUUUGCUGUAUAUGUGGAAAUAAUGGCAAUGUAAAAUAUUGUAUUUGGUGUCUUAUUAAACUGAAUUUGCUAUAUGAAUGUGGAUGAGCACAAAUGUAUUGUACACUUUCCCCAAAGAGGAAUAAUGAACAUUUCUCUUCCAUUGCAAUCUAAAAUUGUUUUCAUAAGCUUUGUAAAGGAAAUUAGCACUCCAUAAAAAAAUUUGUCUUCAAAAUUAUUUUGAAGCUUUGCUGCUGUAUGUGUACUUACACAUUGAGUGCAAAUGUUUUUUAAAACAUUAAAUACAAAUGUACAUUUUAUAUAAAUUCCAUUUCUGUAUACAAUCCUAUUUUCUAAGGAUGGCUUUUUUAAAAAUGAAAAUAGAUUCUGCUAUAGAAAUAUUGUCAGGUGAAUUAAUUUUUUUAGAAGGAAAAAUUCCUGGUAACCACAAACCAGGGAGGGAAACACUUUUUUUUUUGUUUUUGCACUUCUGUGUUCCUUAGUUUGAACCACUGUGUAAAAUAAAUACUUUAUAAUUUUUAUAAGCAUCUAGUGAAAUUAUUGCAUAAAUUACAGACUUAAAAUUAGAAAAAAUUCUGUGACAAUUGAGUUUUCUGCCUUGAAAAUGACACUGUGAGUUCAAUUUUCUAUAGAAUUUUAAGCUAUAAAGUUCCUCUAAAAUGGCAUAGAAUAUUUAGACAAGUUCAAUACCUGUUAUGACAACACACAUUGAAAGAAGCAGAAUAGGCGAUGGUGAGGUUGGAAAGAGAACAUAGGACUGGGAAGGAUGUUUUUUUUUCAUUUCAGAUGUAACAAGUAUGAAAUCAUUAAAGGAUUAAUUUCCCUUAAA